AUGGAGAACCAGCUAUUCUGCAAGGCAUCCAAGUGUACCUUUCACGUCACCUCUGUGGAAUACCUUGGGAUCAUUGUCUCUGAUAAGGGCUUUAGCCUGGAUAAGCUCAAGAUCCAAGCGGUUUGGGAAUGGCCGGUACCUACUAAGGUUAAGGAAGUUCAGUCGUUCCUAGGCUUUGCCAACUUUCUUCGUCGCUUUGUCGCCAACUUCAGCCACAUAGCCAGGCCAUUGCACAACCUUGUCAAGAAGGACAUACCCUGGAAAUGGGAAGAAAGGGAGCAGGAAGCAUUCCAAAACCUAAAAAAUGCUAUUACCAACGCACCGGUAUUGUGCCACGCCGACCCUACUAAGCCGUACUUCCUUGAGACCAAUGCCUCAGGCGCAGCACUAGGUUCCAUUCUAAGCCAAAGACAGGAAGAUGGGCGUCUACACCCACUAGGGUUCCUGUCAGAAUCCUUCAAAGGGGCCGAACAGAAUUACGAUACCCACGACAAGGAACUUCUGGCCAUCAUUCGGUCAUUUGAGUACUGGCGCAUCUUUCUGGAAGGGACCCUGCAUCCAAUCACCGUCUUCACGGAUCAUCGGAACUUGGAAUACUGGAAGGAAUCUCGCACUUUCAAUCGACGACAUGCCCGAUGGCACCUACUACUGGCUGGCUAUAACUUCCAGAUUGUAUACAGACCCGGUAAACAGUCAGGGAAGCCAGAUGCACUGUCACGCCGAGCAGACCAUGCCGAUAUUCCCCCCGCGGAUCAAACCAUGCUCCCAGACCCUGUUUUUGCCAACAUAGCCGUAGUAACGCCCGAGAAGGAGAUCCAACGCUUGAUCAAAGCCGCCCUGGACCAAGACGAAUCCUUGGAGGAAAUAUUACAAUUCCUCCAAAACAAGUCCAAGGCGCCUCCAUCCAUCAAACACGCAUUCAAGGAUUACCAGAUGGAGGCAGGACUUCUCUUCUACCAGGGCCGAAUUGUGGUACCAGAUGUAGGGACUCUAAGAAUGGACCUUCUUCGGAUUUUCCAUGACAGCCCCUUGGCAGGCCACCCGGGAAGACAACGGACGCUAGAACUACUGUCCUGUAACUACUACUGGCCAGGCAUCCGCGCGGACACCUAUUGGCAUGUGGAUUCCUGUGAAACCUGCCAGCGAAUAAGGAAGCCAAAGUACACCUCCAUUCCCCUGCAGCCGCUCGAACUCCCGACUAGACCAUGGCAAUACGUCUCCUAUGACAUGAUAGUAGACCUACCAAGAGACGGGAACCACGACUCAAUCCUGGUCAUAGUGGAUAGCUUCACCAAGUAUGGAAUCUUUGUCAAAUGCUCCAAGAAGCUAAAGGCACCCGAGCUAGCGGAAUUGUUCCUGGAACACGUAUGGAAACGCCACGGCAUACCAGAGAAGACUAUAUCCGACAGAGGGAGGGUCUUCAACAACAAAUUCCUACGGGCCCUGUACAAACGCCUUGGCAUUGACCCACACUUCUCAUUGGCGUACCACCCCCAGAGCGACGGACAAACGGAACGGGUCAACCCCUCUAUUGAACACUUCCUCAGGGCUUAUUCAGGGGUCAAUCAACGGGACUGGGCUAAAUGGCUCCCUAUGGCGGAGUUCGCAUACAACAAUGCCGUACACAGUAGCACGGGUAAAACCCCCUUCAAAGCAUUGUAUGGAUGGGAACCUACCUUAACCCCAUCCAACGUACCUACAGACGUCCCGGAAGCAGAUGACCUUGCCCAAACAAUGGAAACCCAAUGGAAGGAAGUGGAAUCCGCCCUCAGGCAAUCUAAGCAACGAAUGAUAGCCGGAGAAGAUGGGAGCCCAAUAGAAUUCGAAGUCGGAGAAGAAGCAUGGCUUGAUGCCAGGAACGUGAACCUUAAAACCCUGAGCCCAAAGCUAACGGAGCAACGCUUAGGGCCGUUCAAGGUUACCAAAAGAAUCUCCGACCGCGCCUACCGACUUGAGCUACCUCCAACCAUGCGCAUCCACAACGUAUUCUACGUAGGACUCCUGUCUAAAGUCAAAAGGGAUGAUAAACGCGCCUUUGAAAAUCGCCCUCCACCGGUCACCAUGGAUGGAGAGGAAGAAUACGAGGUCGAAGGGAUCACGGACAUGGAAGAAAGGGACGGUAAAUGGUUCUUUAGGGUAAAAUGGAAGGGCUAUGGAUCAGAGGAGAACACUUGGGAACCAAGGGAAAACCUCAGAAACGCUGAAAAAAUCCUGAAAAAUUUUGAAAAAGAGAUGAAAAAGAAGGCCCUCGGCGCUGCCAAGGCCCUUAGAGGGGGGGCAGUGUCGUAG